AUGAAAGAAGACAAAUUAAUUGAAUAUUUGUUUCCAUCGAAGAAGAAAAGAAAAUCAACAAGUGAAAGUUUGGAAGAUAAGCAAAAAUAUGAUGCACGUCUAUUGGCAUUUCUAUCCUCAAAUAAGUUGGAUGCAACGUUGUACCGUCGGAUUUUAUUACAAAUGCCUACAAAAAUAAUCCCACGCAUGGCCAAUCCAUUACUUCUAGCUGAUUUCUUGACAAGCUCAUAUGAGACCCAAAACAAUGCAUCAAAAAUUCUUGCACUACAUGGUCUUUACGUAUUGUUGACCCAAUACAAUCUGGAAUAUCCAUUCUUCUUUGGUAAACUCUAUGCAUUAUUAACUGUGGAUUUGUUCAGUGCGAAAUAUAAAGCGAGAUUUUUCUACCUACUCGAUAUAUUUCUUCAAUCCUCACAUUUGCCAGCAAAUUUAGUAGCUAGUUUUGCUAAACGUCUUGCUCGAUUAGCUUUAUUGAUUCCACAACAUGAUCAAUGUUUAAUCAUAACAUUUAUUUACAAUUUAAUUGUGCGACAUCCGACCAUUCGAGUGAUGAUCGAUCGACAAUCGACUUCAUCAGUCAAAGAUGACACGUAUGCACCGGAAGAACGAGAUCCAAACAAAUCAAAUGCCAUCGAUAGUUCAUUAUGGGAAAUCGAAUCACUAACUCAUCACCAUCAUCCCGAUGUGGCUACUUGUGCUCUGGCAUUGAUGUCUCUACGAAAAACGAAUCAUGAACGAGAGAUUCAUCCGUUGUUGGAAAUCGAUUACGAUGAAAUGUUUGAACAUGAUUGCAAUCGAUCCAAUCGGUCUCGGAAGAAAAAAAAUAAAACAAAAACAACACCCACUACCGAUUGUCCAAUCAAUUAUAAUACAGCGAUUAGCUUAUUUGAUUGA